UGUUGUUCAAAUUUCAAAACAAAACAAUCCGACUGAAACUCUGAAAUCGGUCCCUUUAAUUAUGGAUAAUCCUGAAGUUGUGACAGUUGAAGCAGUGCGGAAUUUUAUUUUACAUAAAGGUGGAAAAGUGACAAACCAUGAGUUAGUGCGACACUUCAAAGGAUACCUUACUAAUCCGGAUAACAGAGUGGAAGCUAGAAACCAUUUCAAGGAAAUUGUGAACUUUGUUGCCACCAUUAUUCGCAAUGAUGAUGGAGAAAAAUAUUUGGUUCUUAAGAAGAGAUUCAGGAACCAGGGCAUGGUUGGUUGCAACAGUAUGGACGGGUUGAUGUCCUCUCCACCAAUGUCCCCAGAGCCCCUGAAUUCAGUAGACUCUGCCAACUCCCUAGGAUACCUUUAUCCAAACCAACUCCCUGGCGGUUACCAUUAUUCGAAUUCCCAAGACAGCAUUGGUCGAUAUUCUGGCUCUCAAGAUGGUGUCAAUCGUUAUCAGUCCCAGGAUAGCGUCAACAGUUAUCACUCUCAGGAUGGUGCAAACAGGUAUCCGUCUCCUGAUGGAGUCGGUCGCUAUUUUUCACAAGAUAAUAUGAACCGGUAUGCAUCUCAAGAGGGAGUCAACAGGUAUCUUAAUAAUCAAGAUUUGAACCGAUUUUCACAACAGGAUAGUAUCAAUCACUUUAUGUCUCCCCCAAGACAUGUGGAGCCCCCUCCGUAUCGCCCACCCCCUCCACCUGUGAGACCUCAUCUUCCGUCCCAGUCAUCGUUUGAUGACAACAUGUCAUUGUCAUCAUCAGUGUCCAGUGGCUCGAUCAACCGCCAGUCUUCUCUGGACGAUCCAUUUUUAUCAAGUGGCGAUGGUCCUCCACCUGUCCCACCCCGACGGAGAAGCAGCUGUGAUAAGAUUCAACCAAUGAAAGCUGAUAACAAGGAAAACGCAAAUUCCAACAAAGAAUUCAGCAAGAGGCCCAAGACUAUUGGCGCAGAGAGCGAUUUGUACAGCGCAGGAGCGAUCGACGUCGAGAACCGGAAAAUCAGCGUGAAAGAAUGCACGCAAAAGUUCAACCGGCUCGCCUCGGAGAGCAGCCCCAAGCACUUCAACUUGCCCACCGCCUCAACCAUCUCCAGCGCCCUCAAAAAGCGCCACGAAAAGGCCGCUGACCAUGAAGACGACACUGCUUCCGUAACCUCAGUUGGCUCGGACGCCAAAUCGAGGGAAUGGAUGAUCCAGUCGGCGCGAUCGGAAUAUCAGACGCUUGCCAAAUUAGCUGCGGAAAAUCCGAGACUCGUCCGUUUCAAGACUGCGUUACACUGGGCUGCAAAGCACGGGUCAGAGGAUGUCGUCAAACUAAUCGCUGGGACCUACAAUGCUGAUGUCAACGCAAGGACGAAUGGGGGCUACACUCCUUUGCACAUUGCAAUGCAGUUUGGCAAUGAAGAUAUUUUUAAUCUACUAGUGCAAGUAUACGGUGCGGACCCGAACAUCCGGGACUACAGCGGACGGAAACCGCGGCAGUACCAGACGAACCAGGACACGGCCGUCUCCGCGGACACAUUCAGGAAAAUUAAAGCUCGCAAAAAGCAGUCAGAAUGACAACAAAACGAUGCCUCCACCUAAGUUUGCUCCAAUUAAGAAAAGAAAAUCUAAAAAAGCUCAAGACUUCAUGAGUCACAGUACACCUUCAACUCCAGAUUUGAGGGAUGUUUCAUCAGCAGAAUCAAAAUUCUCUGAUUUGAAAGACACAGCGAAUGCUCAAGAUUCCGACUCCGACACAGCUUGUGGUUUUGGAUCUAAUUGGCAACCAUAGUCUCUUUUUUUUAAUACUUAUUCUAUCAGAGCCGAAUUUUUCGCUCUCUUAUAUCGUUCAAUUUGAAAAACUACCUACCUUCACCAGCUGAAGGACUUCUUUUAUAUUACUCCGACAUAUGAUCUUAAUUGAACUGUGCCGUGCAAAACUCGCUAUGUUCAUUUUCCAGCUCUAAGUUCUUUGGGUUAAAAAUUGAAAGUGGUGCAAUGACUCAUUUUGAGAUUAAGAUAACCCUAAAACCAAUAUUAACACAUCUUUCAUAGUUGUCUACCUAUAACUCUGGAAGGUAUUAUAAACCCAAACAAACUUAAGACUGGAAUAAUGGGCAUUGGUGGUUUUCGCAGUACACGAUUCUGUCGACACACAUUCAUUUAUCUGUAGAAAUGAUUUAUUAAACUUAACAUGUUUCAAAAAUACUCAAACUGAAAUUGGGUAAAAAUUAAGUAUGCAUUGUAAUUGUUGGGUGCCACUAAAAAAAACUUGUUUUAAAAAAUGAAUUUUUUUGUAUUUCUCUUCACAGAGACCUAUUGUGAAACAAUAAUUAUUUCUCUUUCUCCAUCUGUUAUCCCUUUUUCCUUUUGAAAAAAUUGAAUUCCCCGUUUCAUUGGAGCAUGGAACAGUUUUUAAAGUGUCCACAAAAUUUUAAAAUUCUCCUUAAAAGAAGAAUAUUGGUUGGGUUUUUUUAACUUACCUGACUUUGUGAAUGCUCUCUACUGCUGAAAAUUUUGAAUCCUUUCAACUUUCAAAGAUAUUUAUUUGUGGUUUUGCAAACACAGAUAGAAUAUUAGUUUUGUUUCAAGAGAGCUUGAAGCAAAGCUUAAUAAGUAAGAGGGGUAGACUAGACUUUUCUCAGCUUGGGAUACCAUUUUUAUGAAUAAUUAUUUUAAAAUGGCAUAAUAUUUCGACCAGCUCGUUAAAAUUAAGAACACCUAGAGACAGCUGAAAAAAAAUGUGGCCUCUACAAUAUAUCAGUGUACAAGAGACAGAAAACCAUUAACUCCUAUUUUAGAUGUUUUGCUUAGAAACCUGAACUGUACUUACAAAUAGAUCGCAUAAUUUUUGUAGUAUUCCUCUCAUAUCAUGUUUUAAACUUUUUUUACAAUGACUUAGAAGUGUAGUUUAGUGCUUUUUAAAAAUUCUUACUUGGUCAAAAACAAUAUUCUGCGCCCCACAACCAAAUCUCUAAAAUAUUUAAAACUUCGGACUUGAUAAAAAGAUCCUUGAAAAUCAGAAAAAAACAUAAACCAUUUUUAGGGAAUCAACAAUGAAGCUUCAUCCAUGAAAAAUGUUUAAUUGAACUCAAAUCUAAUUUACUUCAUUAAUUCUAGGAUCUAUUUCCAUUGCAUUUUUCUUUCAUUUGUGAAGAUUAAUUGCAAUAACAUUAAAAUACUAAGAAAUUUACUAAUUUGUGAGAUCUGCAGGGUGAAUUAUUUUUAAAAAAGGUGUCUAACACUUUCAAUAGUCCUUGACGAAAA